AUGGCCUCUUCAAUUGCUUCAAUGGCUGCUCGCCGGUUCAUUUCUUCCCCUAGCUCCGCCUCUCAAGCUGCUUCUCUUGCUCACCGACGGGGAUUCGCGUCCGCCGCCGAUCAUCAUGGACCUGCUAAGGUGAAUUUUUGGAGCGACCCCAUGAGCCCAUCCAAGUGGAAAGAAGAGCACUUUGUUAUUGUAUCUUUGGCUGGUUGGGGCUUGCUUAUCACUGGGGGUUACAAGUUCUUCACUGGAGGCAAAAAAAGUAACUUAGAGACCCUAGAAGCUACACAGUAG